AUGCUCUUGAACGUACUUGUUCAAAAUAUAAAUUUUUUCGUUGUUACAAAUGAUCAAUCUAUUGGAAAAGUUAAAGAAGAAAUUAUUAAUGAUGAAGAAAUUUUACCAUUUGAUACACAAGAUCGUAUUCUUGCUUAUCUUGUUUCCCUUGAAGGUAGCACAACAUCAAGUGGCCGUGGUGGUGGAGGAGAAGGAAAUAAACAAUCCAAACAUCUUCAUCAUCAUCAAGAUGAUACAAUAUUAACAUUAACAAUAAAUACAAAUAGUACUGAUUAUCAAAAAUAUUUUGCUAAGCAACGAGCUGGAAUUGAAGUUAUAUCAUUUCCAAGUAAUGACUUGGAAUCAACAACGUUCUUAGAUGAAACGGAAGAUGAUCGAUAUUCAACGGUUACUGAUUCAACAACAAUUUCAUCACGAUAUCAUAGUAGAAAUCGACCUCGUGGCAGAAUACAUCAAUUACAAUCAGGACUUGAUCGAGCAUCACCAUUCAGCAGUCUAAAUUCAGACUCAACAAUGACAUCAAAUAUUAUCACAGUAACACUUAAUUUAGACGCAGUUAACUUUUUGGGUGUUACUAUUGUUGAUCAAAUCGAUGAAACAGAUUCAAGUGAUGGAAGACUUUAUGUUAAAUCCAUAAUGAAAGGAGGUGCAGUUGCACAAGAUGGCCGCAUUGCACCAGGCGAUAUGAUUCUUCAAGUAAAUGAUAUUAAUCUUAAAGAAUUAUUACAUGAUGAUGUUACUGAAAUUCUACGUGAAGCUGUCCAAAAACUUGGCACUUGGAUAUUUACAUCGAUUGUUGGUAGAAUGAGUAUAGGACAAUAUUUAAAUUUAUCUCUAUCCAUACUUCGUGCAUUAAAAUUAUUGUCACGAAUUACAGAAAGAAAAUGA